CUCGCGACCAGCCCUUACGUGCAUUGAACCAUCGACGCAUCAAAGGAUAAUGGAUGCUAUGGAGACUGUACAACACAAAGGAUGUGAUUACAAGAAUAUAUUAGUUAAGGUACAACUAUGGAAGUACAGAAGUGAAAGAAUAACCACUGCAGCGUGGGCCAGUCCAUGGCGUACGAUUGGUUUGUGUGCGUUGACUACCCUUGACCUUGGCAGGGAUCAAUGAUCUGUUCAGUAUUCAGUGACCCUACAAUACUCCCUCACCAGAUUCAACGGCCGUUUGAAUCGAUGCCAAAAAUGUUGGGAGUAGUCGCGUGCCGGAGGUUGCCAGACGAUUAUUAUGAAUCCUCCGGGUAUUGCCGAGCUGUAAAAGAAACGGAAAGGAGGCUGCAGAAACUGAUCGGGAAGCAACGAGUAAUAACACGUAACAGGGACGUUGGUUGAAUGUUAAGCGAAAAAAAACAUAGAAAUAAUAGAAAAAGAAACAUGACAUUUUAGAGUUUUAUCAAGUCGCGUUGAAAUAAUUAGCUUUGAAAAGUGAUUGAGGUCCUCAGAUGCUAAACGUUGAGUCCGCUGCAAAAAUAGUGAUGUCACAGUGAUAGUACGAUAAGUGUAUUAUCAAUCGAUGCCGAUGUUUGUACUGCCCUCGGUUCACAGUAGAAAGUCAGUAAGUGUCGUUGACAACUGUUCGUAAGCGUCGAUUUCUAGUUAUAUCUAUAUUUAACAGACUAACUGUAAGUACAGAAGUAUAACCGUGAAGAUAAGCCGUGGUUUCCUUGUGCGAAGCUUCUGAUCAACUUGCAGCCAGUUUGGAAAAACUGAUAACUGCUGUAAAAAUCAAUAAGGGUCGAAGAAUACAGAGCAAGAGCGAAAGGUGGCACGAUGAAAUCUCUAAAAGAUGAUAAUUGGUGAGUGCUGCACACGUGUUUGAUGAGUGAACCGAAAAAUGUCGAAAAAAACAUAAGAAACCAAGAGUGUCACUCUGAACUCAUGUCAAUGACAUCGGUGAAAAAUGCUGUCAGUGUUGGGGUCGAGACGACAAUAUCGUUGUCAGUUUGCAGGAGAUGCGCUCGACUGCGUAAACCGAUGAUUCGCGUGAAUGAGUGUCGUCAAACCACCAAUUGAACUGGACAGGCUUUAGAUCGUCGAGUAGUUGAACAGCCGAUUGAUGUACCGAAAUCAUCUGUUAGAUAACAGCCACGCGGAAACAAUACUUCAUAACAUGAAAAAUACGACGUCGAAGUUGAAUAACUACAAUAGUUCGGAGGUGUUGUAAUGUCACAUCGAAGUAACAUCAUUUCGUAUACUGACAAUUGUACUGAACGUUCGUUUGGGCAUUGUUUAUGUAGCAAUUGGAUGUGCAGUAGCAAACAUAUACGAAGACUAUCGUGGGGUUUAUGGAGAAUUUCAGAAGACGUUUAGAUAUUUUCCAAACCCGUAUUGCAUGUGAAUAAGCCGAAGACGGAAUUGAAGUGACUUUCGUACAAUAAGGAAAUCGAGCCAUGAUUUACUGUGUGAGAUAACAGCAAAUACAAAGCGCAUAGUAAACAAUAAUUUAAAUGGUAACCACCAAUGUAACUAAAGUUUAGGUUUAGAUAACGUGAUCGUUUCGUAAAAAAAAGCAUAUUAUCUAGCUCUAAGUGACAUCAAGUACGACGAAGUGUCUCAUUAAGACAUGGACUAAGAUUGCUCGUGUACAUGAAAUACGUUUUUUCGGAGUAUGUUGACUUACAAGUCAUAAAUGUACAUAGUUUCGACUAACAUUUGACGGCAGUGACAGAAUGUAUGACUACUCUAAGUGAAUGUAGCCGCGAAAUGUUAUUAGACAUUAUAAACAUUAUACGAAAUUAUUUAACACAGUUAUGAAAUUCGCCUGGGUUACUCUUGCUCCCAAGUAAUUGAAAUUUGUUUAAUAAAUUCGUAGAUUAGCGAAACGUUGUAGACUGAAUUGGUAUACGUCCAAACUUAAUUUGAGCCAAACACGUAGCAUUGCCUGGCGAAACAGUCUAAACAAGAUCUAACAUUGCAGGAAAUUUAUAGUUCAAACUCACCGUAAAUUUGUAGCAUUCGUAUCUUCUGAUUCGCCAUGGAACUCAGCAAUUGGAAAUUAGGCAGGCAGUGGUCAAGAAAGUAAAAUAUUCUAGUAAAUAGUUUUUGAUAGUAGUUAGUUGAUAGUGAUUAAGCAGAAAGAUGAAUUUAUAAUUGACAGUUAAUCCUGUAUUGGUUAUACGAGUGGAUAAGUUGCAAACAGAUAAGCGUUCGUGUUACCUUGAGGCUAUACUUACGAGUGGUUGAUAUUUUAACAGACAUAUUACACAGGAGCAUUUACAUGCUGCUAAUGCUUGCUAAAGAACCACGAUAGUCGAUUAUAGUCGUAGUUGAUUGGUUAGUUCUAUCGAUUGAACUAACUAUUUCAGUUGAAAUACUAAUCAACAUUGAUAUAAAGCAACGAAUGUUCACAGAAACUGAUAAAUAUAGCCGAAGUUAAAAAUGAAAAUAAUAAGUAUAAAAUGCAAUAAGAAAGAUCAUCAAGAUAGGUUGCGUUAUUCGAAGUCUUGCUCACCAGUGUAAGACCAUCUACGUUGAUGAUCUAUGUCAAAAUGAUUGGGGGCCUACUAGAGUUAGACGAGAAUGGUGACGAACCAACUAACGCUGAAGUCACACCUCGCGACCAGCCCUUACGUGCAUUGAACCAUCGACGCAUCAAAGGAUAAUGGAUGCUAUGGAGACUGUACAACACAAAGGAUGUGAUUACAAGAAUAUAUUAGUUAAGGUACAACUAUAGAAGUACAGAAGUGAAAGAAUAACCACUGCAGCGUGGGCCAGUCCAUGGCGUACGAUUGGUUUGUGUGCGUUGACUACCCUUGACCUUGGCAGGGAUCAAUGAUCUGUUCAGUAUUCAGUGACCCUACAAACUCACCAUGAGAUUCCUUUUUUUCUCAUCGACUGGUCAACGCCUGAAAUGCUCUACUCGGAGAAGUAGAAUCGGAGGCAUCAGUGAGCAAUGGAAAACAAGUUACAAAAAUCAAUAAAGUUCAACGGAUCUAAUAUCUUCACGACUGAUGACUGAAGAUCGAUGACUGAGGAAGCUUCCUUCUACCCAGAUAUAGAUCUCAGGUAACAAAUAGUUUCGUUAAUGAAUAGUAAAGUUAGGAGUAUAAGGCUCAUAGACUAGUCUUUAUAAUUCGGGUGUAUACUCUAAAAAGCAACCACCUAGUGUACCGUCUGACAAAGUUUGUUGUUUGAAUUUCGUUCGGUUCAACCUUAAGUUGAGCGCAUCAUUGGCUUUACACGUCAGCUAUGGACUUAACUUCUGUUGUCAUAUUUUGUUUAUGUAUUGGACUUUCACAAAGCAUUUUCUUUCAUAUGAAAGAAACCGAAGAACGGUGCUUCUUGGAGGAUGUUCCAGAGGACACUCUUGUGGCAGGGAAUUAUAAAUUAUUGGCUUCUAAAGGAAAACAUUUUGAACGCUCCAAAGACUUGGGAGUCAAAGUUAAGGUUAUUGAUCCAUAUGAUCAAAUUUUGCUCGACCGUGUGUAUUCUUCAGAAGGGCGGUUUGUUUUUACUGCUCAUAGACCUGGCGAAUACAAAAUAUGCAUUUCAUCUGAUUCCGGUGCUUGGUUCGGUGGAUCACAAUUGAGAGUACACCUCGACAUUGCAGUUGGUGACCAUGCUUUGAAUUAUCAAGAAAUAGCUACAAAGGAUAAAUUAAACGAUAUUCAGCUUCGGGUUCGUCAGCUACUUGAUCAGGUGCAAAGCAUAGCCAAAGACCAAAAUUAUCAGCGUGUGAGAGAAGAAAGUUUCCGGUCACUAAGCGAAAGUACGAACCGACGCGUGACUUGGUGGAGUGUAGCUCAAUUGGUCCUGCUUAUCUGUAUUGGAUUCUGGCAAAUGCGCCACUUGCGCGCUUUCUUCCAAGCCAAAAAACUGGUCUAAGUAACCAUGUGUAUAUUCAGGCCUACCCACAUCUAUUGUGAUAAUCUUCUGUAAAUGUAACAUCUAUGAGACGUGUCUGUGGAAACAUCUCUAAAUUUCACUUUUCAUCUGUGUAUUUGCAUUGGUGUCAGUUCGUUUAUUUAACUAUCAACUAAUGAAAAUCGUAUGUACUUAGUAUCUUCUGUAAAGCUCUGUUUUUUUUAAUAAACUUUCAAGAUAUUUUUAAACCUG